AUGGGUCUCUCUGGUCACUGUCUCUGCGGCGCGGUCAAGUACACCGUCGACUCGGCCCCCUACACCGUCGCCUACGACCACUGCGAUGACUGCCAGCGCCAGACCGGUUCCACCUACUCCCUGGUCGCCGUUGUCCCCAAGGACAAGCUAGACAUCUCCGGCCCCACCAAGAGCUGGGCCGGCACCGGCUCCUCUGGCAAGGCUGUCCACCGCGUCUUCUGCGGCGAGUGCGGCUCCCCGAUCUACCACGAUCCCGAGGCCGCCCCUCCGAUCAUCGCCCUCAAGGCCGGUACCCUCAGUGUGGAGGACAAGAAGGCCCUGAAGCCCGACACCGAGAUCUGGACCGCCAGCAAGCUGCCCUUCUGCGCCGAGCACCUCGAGAAGGCUUUCGAGCACAUGCCCGGCCACUAA